AUGGCGCUCAUUUCGGCAAAGACCAUCAUCACCUCGCUCUCCCUAUUCCACGUCACCCUCGCCUUCUUCUUCCUGACGAACCCGGCCACCAUCGCGGACCAGGCCUUGGUUUACGUGCUGGGCGAGGCCAUGGGCAUGCCCCAUGCCCGUAGCUUCGAGAACAAGUCUCCCGCCCUGGCUUUCCUCGCCGCCGUCCUUGGGAUGCUGGGAAUCAGCGACCUCGUCACCCUGAGCAUGCCCGAAGAGAUCUGGGUCGACUUCCACUGGGGAACGCAGGCUCCCGCCCGCCUCUUCAUGUCCCUCGUCUUCGUCGUCUACACCUUCGUCUUCGGCCCGUCCUCGCCCCUCUACGCCAACGCCCGCGGCGCCCGCUUCGCCCACCCCAACGCUCACGCCCACAACCCGAACUACACCCCCUCGACCUGGGGCGGCGACGGCCUCAAGAACCGCGUCUUCCUGACUUUCGCCUUUCUCGAGAUGGUGAGCUGGUUCUGGGUCUGGAUCACGCUUCGCGAGGAGCAGGAGGCGAUUGCGAGGGAGAAGGCCAGGAAGCAGGAGGCGGCGCACCCGGGUGCGUUCUAA